AUGGAUCGAGACUCACUGGUGGAAUUGACACCCAUACGCUCCACAGGGCGGCCUACAGGCUCCGGUGAUCUCUCAAGAGCCGCAGAAUGGCAGUCACCACCUUUACCCCCACCGCUUCUAUUUGAUGGAGAGGCAGAAAUGCCACCCUCACGACCAAUAGAACAACAACAACAACAACCAUUGUCGUCAUCUUUUGCCCGCCGUGAAGACCUUUCGUAUAUUUGGGGUACUGGAAUCGCCGUAGAGACGUUCCGAGAGGAGUUUCAAAAUUUCUUAGAAACUUUUGAAAUAUGCAAUGAUAACAAUGAUAAUAGUGUAUUAGAGACUGGAGAACGUGUAAGUUGUCUUCUAGGUUCUCGUCGCGGUACCACUAAAAAAUAUUUUUUACAAGAAUUACUACGACUUCGUUUACAGAAUCGCAAUGUUCUUGAAGUGGAUUUACAGAUUCUUGCAAAGGCAUGCCCUCGGGUGUAUCAGCAAGUUAUUUCACACCCAAUGGAAUGCUUACAGAUGAUGGGAAAUGUAGCAGAGGAAGUAUCUCAGCGCCUUGCUGAAGCUGCUUCUGCCACAAAUAUGUCUGUAUCGGAUGAUUAUAUUUUACGUGUGGCUCCGAAAAACCUUCCGGAGACGAUAUCACUGCGAGCACUAGGACCACAGCAUCUGGAACAGCUCAUCGCCCUACAAGGGAUGGUGGUACGGGUAUCAAAGAUUAUUCCAGAGAUACGGGUAGCAUUCUUUCAGUGUUGGUUUUGUCAGCAUGUACGUCGAAGUGUCGUAGACCGUGGUCGUAUCUUUGAACCUACUAGAUGUGAUCACUGCGGUAAACAAUAUUCAUACAAGAUUCAUCACAAUCUUUCACUUUUUGAGGAUAAACAAUUGGUGCGUUUGCAAGAAGCUCCAGAACACCUUACAGAUGGUGAAACACCUGUUACGAUUUCUCUUGUUGUAUAUGGUGAUUCUGUAGAUGCUGUUGUCCCUGGUGAUCGUGUUAUUGUGACAGGUAUUUACCGUGCAGCUCCUGUCCGUCUAAACUCUAACACUCGUAUUAUUCGCAGUAUCUUUGCCACUCACGUGGAUGCUGUACAUAUUGAGCAUCGUCGAGCUGGACGUAACGCAUGGAAGGAACAACAACAACAACAACAACAACAACAACAAUCAAAAACAUCAUCAUCAUCAACAACAACAACAACAGCGAAUGCAACAUCAAAUGGUGAAACUCUUGAAGAAGAUCCUGCAAUGGCUGCAAGAUUUGAUGUAUUUCGCCGCAUAGCUAGUCGUCCAGAUAUUUAUAAUAUUCUUCUUAAUAGUUUUGCUAGAACUAUUUGGGGAAAUGAAGACACAAAACGUGGUAUUCUUUCACAACUUUUUGGUGGAACACGCAAAGAACUUAAAUCUGGUACUUUUCGUGCAGAAAUUAACGUUCUUCUUUGUGGUGAUCCUGGUGUAGCAAAAUCACAAUUAUUAACACAAGUGCACGAAAUUGCACCACGAGGAGUUUAUACAUCUGGUAAAGGUAGUAGCAGUGUCGGUUUAACUGCCUAUGUGGUACAAAAUCAUGAGACAGGUGAGUUAGUACUAGAACCCGGUGCACUUGUGCUUUCUGAUCGUGGUUUAUGCUGUAUAGAUGAGUUUGAUAAGAUGAAUGAGGCGACCCGAUCUGUAUUGCAUGAAGUGAUGGAACAGCAGACCUUAUCUAUUGCUAAAGCAGGUAUCGUUGCACAAUUGAAUGCUCGAACAUCAGUGCUAGCUGCUGCAAAUCCAAAAGAAUCACAGUGGAAUGUGAAUUUAAAUGUUGUUGAAAACCUUCAGAUUGAACCUACACUCUUGUCACGUUUUGAUCUCAUUUUUCUUCUUCUUGAUCGUCAUGACCCAGCAGAGGACAGACGUUUGGCUUCACAUGUAUUAUCUCUUUUUAUGGAACCUGAUGAGGGACGAAAAGGAAAAACUACAGCUGCCACAAUGGAUGAUGCCAACAAUAAUAAUGAUAAUUAUGGUAGACAAAGUGGUACAGGUGGUUUAAACUCUAAUGAUGGUGGAAAGCCUGACCAAAGUGAUGGUCAACAUGCGGAGGAUGCCAGUGGCCUUCCUACAGGACGUGGUGAAGUUGUACUGGAGCACGAGGGUGAGGUGUUUCUUGAGGGCACGGUGGAUGCCCCGUACAUGCCGCCUCGCAUCCUCUCGCAGUACAUUGCAUUGGCGCGUGAGACGGUGCACCCGCGACUGACGGAGGCUUCUCACAAACAACUGGCGACGUCUUAUGUGGAGAUGCGACGGGCGCGUGGUGGGACCCGCACGGUGUCGGCGACGCUGCGGCAGUUGGAGUCGAUGAUCCGCCUGGCGGAGGCGCGGUGUAAAAUGCGGUUUGGCGCCUCCGUGAGUGUGGAGGAUGUGCGGGAGGCGAAGUGGCUGAUCAGCGCGGCGCUGAAGGAGGCCGCGACGGACCCGCAGACGGGUCUCAUCAAUCUCGACAUGUUCAGCGCCCCCGACCCCACACGGCAGACCGUCGAGGGGAGUAUGAUGCGGCUCGAGCACGUCAUUGACCGCCGCUACCGCCCCGCCGGCCGCUCCUCCGCCACCGUCAACGAACUGCGACUCGCCCUCAACGAGGCCCUCGGCGGCGGCGUGCGGCCACUCGCGCCAACACAAUUUAUGGAACUUCUCGCACUCAUGGCGGGAGGAGAGCACAUCAAGUCCUUCACCGCCACAUCCGUGACAUUUGCUGACAAGAACUCCUAA